UUCUAGAUGCAGUUCUUGCCAUUUCCAUUUAUGGAAUAGGGGCUGUUGUGGGAGCUAUAUCUCGCAAUCUUCAUGAACUUCAGGACCGACAGGGAAGCUACUUAUCAAUUUACGAUCAGACUGCUCUUCCCCUCCAGGAUCCUGUCAUUGAUUCAGUAAGAGCAGCUGUGGACAGGUUAACCCAUUCAACAAACUUCCUAAGCUUUUUGGGACAACAUGCACUGAUUGUGCAGGAAGAUGAGCUGCCUACUCCUGUUGAGGAACGUGUUGAUGAUCAGAGAUACCAUUUUAUGUCACUUCUCUUAAACUUAGUGAACACGUUUCUUUAUAUGGUCAAUACAUAUAUUGUUGUCCCUACAGCAGAUGACUACUCAUUGAGCCUUGGAGCUGCAGCAACUGUUUGUGGUGUUGUGAUUGGAGCGAUGGCUGUUGCACAGGUGUUUUCUUCAGUGUAUUUUAGUGCAUGGUCAAAUAAGUCAUACUUCAAGCCUCUUGUGUUUAGCAGUGUUGUUCUCUUUGCGGGAAAUACCUUGUAUGCAAUGGCUUAUGAUCUUAAUUCAAUAUGGGUUCUUUUGAUUGGUCGUCUUUUCUGUGGAUUCGGUUCUGCUAGAGCUGUUAACAGGCGUUAUAUCAGUGAUUGUGUACCACUGAAAAUCCGUAUGCAGGCCUCAGCAGCUUUUGUUAGUGCUAGUGCCCUUGGGAUGGCAUGUGGUCCUGCUCUUGCUGGCUUACUUCAAACUAAUUUCAAGAUUUACAAGCUUACAUUCAAUGAAGACACUUUGCCUGGCUGGGUUAUGGCUAUAGCUUGGCUUUUAUACUUAAUAUGGUUGUGCAUCUCAUUCAAAGAACCUUCUCGUGAAGAUGAAGUGAUACAACAAGAAUCAAGUCGUGGAACAACAGAAAACGAUGCACUCGAGAAAGGUCUUAAACAACCAUUGCUCAUUAGUUCUGAUGACAAGAAAGAAGAUGAAGAUGGUGACCAAGAUAUAGAUGAAAGUGAAGAAGCACCGGAGGAGACCCGUCAACCAGCCACUUCGAUUCAAUCAGCAUAUCGACUACUCACACCCUCUGUGAAGGUUCAAUUGUUGAUAUAUUUCAUGCUCAAGUAUGCAAUGGAGAUUUUACUUUCAGAAUCUAGUGUUAUUACCACAUACUACUUUAGCUGGAAUACAAGCAAAGUCGCAAUUUUUCUUUUCUGUCUUGGGCUAACCGUUCUUCCGGUAAAUAUUCUUGUUGGGAGCUACAUCAGCAACAUGUUUGAAGACAGGCAAAUUUUAUUAGCAUCUGAAAUAGUGGUUUGCAUAGGCAUAGUUAUGAGCUUCCAUAUGUUUAAUCCAUACUCUGUGGUACAAUAUGUCAGCUCAGGGCUCAUCAUGUUUGUUUCAGCCGAAGUACUGGAAGGUGUCAACUUGUCACUUCUCUCUAGGGUCAUGUCAUCGAGGCUUUCCCGUGGAACUUACAAUGGUGGAUUACUUUCAACAGAAGCUGGGACACUCGCUCGAGUAGUUGCAGAUGCCACCAUAACUCUGGCCGGAUACUUGGGGGAGAGUAAGCUCCUGAAUGUCACCUUAUUUCCUUCCCUCUUCAUUUGCGUUAUUUCCAUUAUUGCCACCUGCUUUACAUACAACACUCUCUAUUGAUUCAUCUUUAUUGGCAUCAGAAAAAUGCCCGAUCUCUUCCCAAUUCAAAAACCUCCUCAAUUUUUCCGUUGAAGUGUUAUUAUUUUUUAGCCGCGUGUAUAUUGAUAGAAAACUAGGUCAUUGUUUAUGGUCUCCAAUUCCUAUAAAACCCCAUUGUGUCCUACUGUACUCGCUUCCCCCAUUUUUAUACUUGCAAUCACUUGAAAUGCUUACGGGAUGUUCUCCCGGCUUGUGCAAGCUAGUUUAAGGGAAUUUUAUUUAUUUAUUUUGGGUCUGAAA